AUGGCAGCAGCAGCAGUUCAGCCCGACUUUAGAAGGAGUACUAGGGAGUACACUCAAGUCUUCACCGAUUCUAAGCAUCUUAUCAGCAAGUAUGGUCUCCAUAGGCAAGCUAUUAGAGACUUCCUCGAGCAAUAUCAGGAUAAGAGUCUUAGCGACGAUAUUUGGGGGACUAAGAAGUACAUGACUCAACUACAGAAGGUGGUUGAUGGUCUUAAUGACCGUGUUGAUAUUAGUUUGGAUGAUCUACAGCAGUCUACCAUGGAGGACGGCCUUAUUGAGGCUAUUAUAAAGAAUACUCAGAGAUACCAUCUCUUCUUCGUAGAGGAGUGUCAUGCUAUCAUGCCUCAGCCCUCAGUACAUUUCCAACCAAACCCCAAUAGAGAUGUAAGAGCCCAGAAUGAGUGGAAGGAGGCUGUGGAUGAACAUAUCACCUCACAGAGGGCCCUCGCGGGUACUGCUGAUCCUCAGAACAAGAUGCCUGAGCGAAUGAAAUGGGACUUUGUGGUGUACAUCCAUCUACCUAAGGACUCUGUAUCGACACCUCUACGUGAGGUUAAGUCCGGUAGUGUUGGUAGGUUCAUCAAAAUGGAUGGUGUUGUUACCAAGGCCGCUGGAGUUAAGGCUAAAGUGGAGGUUGCUACAUAUCUGUGUGAAACCUGUGGGGAGACGAUAUGGCAGGUUGUCGAUUCGGAUGCAUUCAUGCCUAUUGGACAGUGUCCUACUCCUCGUUGCAAAACCAAUAAAACUCUGGGUACUGUGAACCUCUUGUGGAAAUCGUCUAAGUUCGUCAA